UCGAGUUGUGGCCUUGCACCCCUUCAGGGCUGCUCGCCCCUUGUAGACCAUCCCCAGGCCCUCCAUCCCUUUGCUGAGGUUGUUUGGCGUUUUCCUCAUCAAGUUUUUGCGGCAAGGCUUCGCGGGGCCUGUUCGCUUCCGAGCAUGGAGUUUGCGGAGCUGAUCAAGACACCCCGAGCAGACAACGUAGUCUUGCACCGCCCCUUCUACCUGGCUGUGGAGGGGACUCUCUGUUUGACCGGGCAUCAUCUAAUUUUUUCUUCACGGCGCCAAGAUAACGCUGAGGAGCUGUGGCUGCUGCACUCCAACAUUGACUCCAUAGAGAAAAGGUUUGUGGGCUCCUUGGGCACCGUGGUUAUAAAAUGCAAGGACCUGCGGAUUAUUCAGCUGGAUAUACCUGGGAUGGAGGAGUGCUUGAACAUUGCUAGCUCCAUUGAGGCACUUUCCACCCUGGAUUCUGUCACUCUCAUGUAUCCCUUCUUCUACCGGCCCAUGUUUGAGGUCGGCGAGGAUGGCUGGCGCUCCUUCCUGCCUGAGCAGGAGUUUGAGCUCCUCACUUCAGUGACAGACGAGUGGCGCCUGAGCUGCAUCAACAAGGACUUCUCCGUCUGCCCUUCCUACCCUCCGCUGGUCACCGUCCCCAAGGCCAUCGACGACGAGGCGCUGCGCAAGGUCGCGCUGUUCCGCCACGGCUGUCGCUUCCCCGUGCUCAGCUAUUACCAUAAGAAGAAUGGGAUGGUCAUGAUGAGAAGCAGCCAGCCCCUCACCGGCACGAACGGGAGACGCUGCAAAGAAGACGAGAAGCUGAUCAACGCCACGCUGCGGCCUGGCAAGCGGGGCUACAUCAUUGACACCAGGUCACUGAAUGUUGCCCAGCAGGCCAGGGCCAAAGGAGGGGGCUUUGAACAAGAAGCACACUAUCCCCAGUGGAGGAGGAUCCACAAAUGUAUUGAGAGGUUUAAUAUUCUGCAGGAGAGCCUCAUCAAGCUUGUGGAAGCUUGUAAUGACCAGUCACACAACAUGGACCGCUGGCUCAGUAAGCUGGAAGCUUCCAACUGGCUGACUCACAUCAAGGAGAUUCUAACUGCAGCUUGUCUGGCAGCUCAGUGUAUUGACAGGGAAGGUGCAUCAGUGUUAGUCCAUGGGACUGAAGGGACAGAUUCCACACUGCAGGUAACCUCUCUGGCACAGAUCAUCUUGGACCCAAGGUGCAGGACCAUCCGCGGCUUCGAGUCUCUGGUUGUGAGGGAGUGGCUGCAGGCUGGCCACCCCUUCCAGCAGCGCUGUGCCCAGUCAGCCUAUUCCAACAGCAAGCAGAAAUGGGAGGCCCCAGUGUUCCUCCUCUUCCUGGACUGCGUGUGGCAAAUCCUGCGGCAGUUCCCCUGCUCCUUCGAGUUCAACGAGCAGUUCCUCAUUAUGCUCUUUGAGCACGCUUAUGCCUCCCAGUUUGGCACUUUCCUGGGCAACAAUGAACAUGAAAGGUCUAAACUGAAGCUGCCACAGAAGACUAUGUCCCUGUGGUCCUGGGUGAAUAGGUCUGAGGAGCUGAGCAAGUUCCAGAACCCUCUUUUCGAGGCCAACAGCCUGGUGAUCUGGCCCUCGGUGGCCCCUCAGAGCCUGCAGCUCUGGGAAGGUGUCUUCCUUCGGUGGAACAGGCCUUCCAGGUUCUUGGAUGAAGCCCAUGAGGAGAUGAUCAACAUUAUCAAGUACAACAAGGAACUUCAGGCAAAGGUUAAUGCCUUGAGGAGGCAGCUGGCAGAGAUGGAGACGGAUGACAGGAUGCAGGAGCACCUCUGAGCUGGCAGGGCCUUGCCUCAGGCCUUUCCUGCCUGCUCCCCUACACCUUACAGACUAACCAUGGAAAGUGCAUGUGUUGCAGAGCCCUCUGGGUACAGCUGGCCCUCAGUUCUCCCACUGCUGAAACCUUCACUUCUCAAUGUGUCCCUCCCUGCUUCCUGGGAGGGAUUUCUGUUUUGUUUACAGAGGAAAUGCACAGCUGGGCACAGUGUCCUCUCUUGGCAGCUUUGCUCCUGGAAUCCUGUAUGGUGGCAGCAGCAGCUGGGACUCUUUCCCUCCACCCAACUGUCUGGAUGACCAGGAUGGGCCAAGAGAAGGGAUGUUUCACCUUGAUUUUUGGGGACUUCUUCCUGCUCUUGCUGAACUCUCUAACUGCUCAACAGGCUUCAAACAAGAAGUUCUGUGCAGUGAGGUGAAGGUGUUUUGUCUGGGAGCACCUUUUAGUCUCCAAGAGUCAGGAAGGCAGCUCAGUCCUCCAGUUUGCUAGGAACACAGACAGCAAACCAACAAAGGAAACCAACCAAGCAACACAAACCAGAAGAUGCCAUCCUCUAAGUGCAGCUUCUACCAGUUGCUGUGAUCCUCCCCUCAGCAGGCCUCCCAGCUAACACUGGGUGGG